UGAGAAUAUUGCAGCCGUAGCUCAAAGUGUUGAAAAAACCCCAAGUUGGUUCAUUCUUCGUCGAUCUUCUUCGAAUCGUUUCAUCUUCGGUACCAAGUGACGUAAGACGAUUGAUGAAUCCCUUAAAGCGAUGAAUCACCCAGGAGAUUUUUCAACAAAACAAUAACUAAAUGGAAGCUCAUAAAAGUGGCAUAUUUGCGUAGUUGAAAGAUUGCAACUAAAAAUGUGCAACAAUAAAUAAAACAUUGAAUAGUUUCAUACCAUAGGCGCCAGAAGCUUUAAAAAAGCUAGACGCACACGCACGUGACCAUUGUUGGCUCACAGGUGAGUGGGCACGUAAUCCAAGUGAACGCAACUGUGUCACCAGAUCAUGACUGCACAACAUAUCCAACAAUAUAGUAGGAAAUACUCUAGCUCUGUUACCGAGAUUAUAGCCGCCGUUAUGGCACCAAUUUUGGAUACAAGCAAUGCAACAUACGCGACACCGGCUUCUAGUAGCGAUAGUGUAGCCACAGCUACAGCGCUUCCCUUCUGGAGUAGCGAUGGCGGAGGUGAUGGCGAGGGUAGUGGCAGUGGCGGUGCUUCUGAUUGGCACAACUAUGGUACAGUUAGUGGGAGUUAUAGUGGCCUCAUUGCAACAAUAGGCAGCACAAGUGAUUAUAAUGACACACAAUUAAUGGAUCAUAAUUCGAGUUAUUAUUAUGAAUAUCCGCCACCGUGCUUAGCUCUCGAUGAGGCUACGAAUACAACGUAUUUGAAUGUGACGUGUGAAUACCCGCUGGAGUAUGGUCUACCUUUAUAUGGUUACUGUAUGCCUUUUCUAUUGGUUAUAACGGUUGCAGCGAACUCACUAAUUGUAGUGGUGCUAAGCAAGAAACACAUGGCGACGCCGACGAAUUUUGUGUUAAUGGCUAUGGCGAUAUGUGAUAUGUUGACAGUGAUAUUUCCGGCGCCGGGACUGUGGUAUAUGUACACAUUCGGUAAUCACUACAAGCCUUUGCAUCCGGUAUCAAUGUGUCUGGCAUAUUCUAUAUUUAAUGAGAUCCUGCCGGCCGUAUGUCACACGGCGUCCAUUUGGCUGACCUUGGCGCUAGCUGUUCAAAGGUACAUUUACGUAUGUCACGCACCCAUGGCGCGUACAUGGUGCACAAUGCCGCGCGUGAAACGGUCAACAGCGUACAUUGCUAUCAUCGCCUUCUUGCAUCAGGUGACCAGGUUUUUCGACCGCGCCUACUAUCCCUUCCCAAUCGUAUGGAAUGGCGAGGAAACGGAAGUUUGCCACGUGGAGACGUCUGAAUGGGUAGAAAGGUAUGUGGGCCUAGACCCCUAUUUUGCCACCUUUUACCUUUUCCGUGUGAUUUUCGUGCAUGUGGUGCCAUGCGUUCUACUCGUCACGCUAAAUGUUUUGCUCUGGCAAGCAAUGGAACAAGCGAAGGAGCGCCGCAAAGCGCUUUUCCAUGAUCAAAAGACGGAGAGCCGUAAGGUGCGCGACAGCAAUUGCACUACUUACAUGCUGAUUACGGUGGUCUCUGUAUUUCUCGCUGUCGAAAUACCCAUUGCAGUGGUAACGGUACUUCAUAUUGUCUCCUCACUAGCAGGCGAAUUUCUGAACUAUCGCUUAGCCAACAUAUCCAUAAUGUUUACGAACUUCUUUCUGGUCGUCAGCUACCCGAUCAAUUUUGGCAUCUACUGUGGCAUGUCGCGACAAUUUCGCGAAACAUUUAAAGAUAUAUUUUUUGGACGUUUCCUCACCAAAAAGGAUACCUCAUCCAGAUAUUCAAUCGUUAAUGGACCACGCACAUGCACCAGCACUAAUGAGACUGUACUCUAGUAAAUGGUCAUGUGGGUGCCGUUUCGCAGUGCUGCUGGUGGCGGCGGAAAGAAAUGGCGAAACGGUGCUAUGGCGGCGAAAAUGUCUCGGCAAACACGACGCCGAAGCGAGUAUAAAACGAAUGUUGAUAUUAUAGCAGAAGAGUCCGUUGUGGUGGUGAUGGCUGCACAGGAGGUGGGCAAGAAUGGAAUUAGAGUGCUGAACGAAGAGAGUGAGAGUGUAAAAGAUUUAGUUUAACUGUGUGCAAGAGCAUAGAGACCUAAGUAGUUGUGAAAAUAAUUAAUUGAUAAA